UUGGGAUUGUAAAAUUAUGAUCACUCAAUCGGAAAUGUGAGAACUGAUUGCAAUUUUCUGAUUGCUGUUAGUAAUUUUGCGACGUUGGACUGGGAAACGUUCUCUCGACCGGCCACUUGGGCGCUCUGGGUGGGCCGCUGUCUUCACACGGCAGCUUGGCGGGUUGGCCUACCCGGCGUGCAGCAGGCGCCGUCAGCGUUCCCACUCCCACUAGCCAAUCAGAGGAUCCCCUCCGUUCUCCCCUCUCCCACCGCCCUCCUCCUCCUCCUCCUCCUCACCCCGACCCCGCACAGACGGCACAGCUCCACUCUAACCCCUCUAACCCUUGUGUCAAGCAUGGACACCUGUGUGACGACGUGAGUGUUCCUACUUUCGAGUCCUCUAAACUCAUGUCAUGGUUGUAUGAGCUAUUUUAUUCAAUGUUCAGCCCAGGCUACCGCAGUGGUGCUAUUCGAUAAUGGAAUCCUUACAGUUUGAAUGCCGUUACUGCACUGCUUCAUUUUCCACACUUGCGUUGUACCUAAAGCAUCUGUCUGAUCAUCGUCACAUCACUUCAUUAUACCCCUGUGGGGUUCAGGCCUGCAGAAAUAUUUUGCAAAAUGAAAAUUGUCUUCGUGUCCACCUCAUCCGUGUACACAAGAUAUUUGUUAAGAAAACUUCUUUCAGAAGUACUCCUGCAUCAAAUUCAUCUGGUAAAUAUGUUUGCUCAGUGGCUCAUUGUUCCAUGGAAGUUGACUCUCGAAAAAAACUGAACAGCCAUCUUACUGAUCAUAUUAAGCAUGGGGUUGACGUGCCAUGUCCUCAUCGAGGUUGUGAGAUUUCUUAUAAGAAAGUGAGCUCUUUUUUAAACCAUCUUCAUAAGUGUCACAAGCCUGUGCUUGUACAGGAGGAUUUAGCCCCCCCUAACAGUGGGAACAACGACUCAGUCUCGUUCCCAAGUAUUGAAGAUGAUGCAUUGCUUCCGCCACCUGAAAUUAACAUGCAUGUACCAGUUGAAAACAGUCAACGUAAUCUGCAAGUGGAGUGCUUGGCACAGUUGUUCAUGAAACUGGAGUUUGAGUUGCUUGUGCCUGAAUCAACUGUGAACUACAUUGCCAAAGAAAUUAUGGUCAUCACUCAAGAAAACUAUGUCACUGUUGAGGAAGAUGUCCGGAAGCAUUUACAGCAGCAGGGUGUGGAUCCUAGUGCUAUUGAUUCAGUUUCUAGAGCAGUGUUUAGUCCAUUUAAAACACAGUUUCAGUCCUUACGAAGUAGCUACUUAAGGAAGCAAUUUUAUAAAAAAAUUAAUUAUUUUGCUACUCCAAAAUUGGCAAGGGCCAAGGGCAAUUCAUCUUACUAUUAUGUGUCUAUUAAUGACACUAUAGUUGGUCUGUUUAGAGAUAAAUCUGACUUACAUAUUCAAUUAGACUCUCCUGUCAAUGACACUGAGAUUUUAAGAGAUUUUACGGAUGGUGCUCAAUUUAAAAGCAACCAGUUUUUUCAGGAUAACCCAAAGGCAUUAAAAAUUAUUAUUUAUCAAGAUGGGUUUCAAGUAGUGUGCCCCAUAGGUCCUGCAAAGAAGAAACACAAAUUUAUUGGAAUUUAUAUAAGUUUUGGAAACAUGCCAGAUUUUUUGAGGACUCAUCCUGAUAAUAUUUUUCUAGUUGCUUUGUUGAAGGAAGAUGAUAUGGACCACAGAAAGGUGUAUGGAAGAAUUGUUGAAGAGCUGAAAAAAUUGGAAACAGUUGGAGUUUUUGUGCCUGGUCACGGCAUCAUCAAAGCCAGCUUAGUUUAUGUAGCCGGUGAUAACCUUGGAAGUCACUCGCUGGGUGGAUUUUAUGAAUCUUUUGGGAAGGUGAUUUACUUCUGUCGUUAUUGUUAUGUGGAUAGACCCAGCUUUUUGCAAAGAAGGUAGCCAUUAC